GGGCGGCAUAGAAUUUCUAGACGGGCCUUUUUGCUGGGUUUUGCCAUUUACCAGUUACAGUCUCAUCAGCCUCUGUUUUUUUUAAACAAAAUACGCUGUGCAAAUACGAUACAAUGCCUGCCAUCGGUCAACGCUCUGGUGGCUCGGGAGAUGCUCCCAGCCAGUAUAACCAACGAUCGAGAAAGGGAAAGAAGGCCUGGAGAAAAAAUGUCGAUGUCACAGAGGUACAGGAGGGUCUUGAAGAAUUGAACAAUGAACUUAUCCGAGGUGGUGUUAUCCGCGAAAAGGCCUCCGAAGAUCUCUUCACCAUCGAUGUCAAAGGCGACGCCGCCGCUGCGAAAAAGCUUUCCAAGCACAGAUCCAAGACUCUCAAGGCCGACGAGGUUCUCGCUCAACGAUCUGCCAUUCCUGCUGUCCCCAUGCGCAAGAGACCCGGUGACAAGACUACAAACGGCCUUGUUCCUGCUAAGCGUGCCCGAAAGGACUGGGUAUCCCACAGCGAGCUUGCCCGACUAAAGCGAGUGGCUGACGGCGAACACACCUCCACGAUAGAACUCCGCGACGCUACAUUCGAUCUCUGGGACGCUCCCAUUGAGCCCCCUAAGGACCCCAAUGCGCCUGUCGUGGCCAAGAUCAAGCAGCCCAAGACCAUGUCCGAGGCCCCCAUCUCGCUCGUCGCCAGCGGCAAGAAGGUGUCUGCCGUUCCCACGCCCGGCGGAGGAUACAGCUACAACCCCGUCUUUGCCGACUACGAAGACCGCCUCGCUCUCGAGGGUGAGAAGGCUGUGGGUGCUGAGCGCAAGCGUCUGGCUGCCGAGGAAGCCGACAGAUUGAAGCAGGAAGCAUCUGCUCGCUCUGCUGCUGAAGCCGAUGCCGCUGAAGAGAGAGCCAACAUGUCUGAGUGGGAGGAGGACUCGGAAUGGGAGGGCUUCCAGAGCGGCACGGAGGAUGGCAAGCCCGCUGUCAAGCGCCCCGAGCGCAAGACUCCCGCGCAGCGCAACAAGAUUAAACGCCGCAAGGAAGAGGAGCAGCUGGCCAAGCACAAGGCCGCUGUUCGCGCUCAGCGCACGCAGUCUCACCGCCUCAAGGAAAUCACCGCAGAGCUUGAUGCCGAGGAACAUAGCAAGGCGCUUGUCCUGGCUGGAGCUGAGGAUGCCGAGUCGGAAACAGAAGACGAGCUUGCUACCGAGAAGUUGCGCCGCCGCCAGCUGGGCAAGUUCAAGUUGCCCGAGAAGGACUUGGAGCUUGUCCUCCCUGAGGAGUUGGAGGACUCGCUGCGUCUGCUGAAGCCAGAGGGCAACCUGCUCAAGGACCGCUACCGAAGCAUGCUUGUCCGUGGUAAGGUCGAGAGCCGCAGACACAUCCCCUUCCACAAGCAGGCCAAGAAGAAGGUCACCGAGAAGUGGACACACAAGGAUUUUGUCUUGUAAGACGUUACUACUUGCUGGAUUGGUCUUGUUUUGGGGUUCGGGUUUACAAUUCUGGGCUGUUUUCUUCACAAAAGCAUAUUUUCUGGCGCGAAUGGUGUUUUAUCGUUUUUGUUCUUUGCAUACGACUUGGUCUUGUUUUUCUCCUUGCGAACAUAGAAUGUCAUGUAUCCGUUUUAUAUAAGAGACAAUAAGAGAAAUUCAACAUGUAAAAAGAAUCAUCAUCUAUUGGUUUGCAUUUGCUAGUGCUGUGAUGAGCCUAGCUAGAUAUGUACUAAGGUAUGCUCGCAUCAAACAUUAAAGGCAUAUCAAAUCUCUACCAAACAGGCCACGCUUGGCCCAGUCCAUCGCCAACAAGCUGCGCGUUCUGAAGCUAACGCUCUGCGCAAAAUAGACUGAGCGCCAGGCAUACACAGCCCAGAGACCACCCACAGCGCUCCAGCCGUCGCCGAGAUCAAAGGCUGCGGAGUUGCCAAUGUAGGCAAGGCUGCCCAGAUGACGGUACUCAAAGGCCUUGUAGGCGGCAGCAUCGAGGUCACCAUCUCUGACAUCGUUGAUGGCCAUACCGGGACCCAUUCUCGCCAGUUUGUUGAACUUGUGGGCAAGGUAGAUACCCUGCUGGUGUGCGCGCUGUGCUGUAGCCGGCAGGGAUGUCAGCUUGCUGUCGAUCUGAGAGAGGAGCUCGCGCAGCUCGCCAAAGUCGAGAGUGCCCGACUUGUCCUUGUCAAACUCCUGGAAGAGCUUGUCGAGACGCUUCAGGUGGUUAAUGGCCUGUGGGAAGCGCUUCUUGACGUCAAGAGCUACGCUGCGCCAGUCGCUAAAGUGGAAGUGCAGCGUCUCGGGGUCCUUGCCACGCUUGUAUGCAAUGCUGCGCAUAUAUGAGAUGACGUGAUCAGUGAUGUUGUUCUGUACAGUCGAGCAGUCGCCAAUGGCGUACACGUCGCCAAGCGGUGUACCGUUGAGGCGCAGAUAAGUGUCUGUUUCGAGAGCGCGUGUGUUGGGCUGGAAGUCGCCGAGCUUGGCGGCAAUCUUUUGUGCGAGAUCUGUCUGCGAGACACCAGUAGACCAGAGGCAGAAGGCGUGGGGGAUUUCCUUGGUGACUACCUUGCCGUCCUCACCCUGCUGUGUGAAGAUAAUCUUGUUUUCCUGGACCUCCUUGACUCGUGAGUUGGUCAUGACGUUGACUUGGUCACGCUCAAAACGCUUCUCAGCGUACUCGGAGACAGCUUCGUCGUAGGUGUUGAGGAUGUGGCUUCGGCUUUGGAUCAAGUGGACAGAGAUUUCGUUUCGCAGCAGCUUAGGGAAUUGGCGUGUUAAGUCUUCGUUGAGGAGAUCGUAUAGCUCAGCAGCAAACUCGACACCGGUAGGACCACCGCCACUAAUGACAAAGGAAAGCAGACGCUUGCGCUCUUCGUCUGUCGUGGUGGGCAAGCAAGCUGUUUCGAAGUUGCGAAUCACUCUGUUUCGGAUCAGGCGGGCGUCGGUAAUGUCCUUGAGGAAGAAGGCGUGUUCGAGGCCCUUGACACCGUGGGGGUUGCUCACGGAGCCAACACCGAUGACCAGCUUAUCGUAGGGCACAUAGAAGCUGACGCGGUUUCCGUUGGUAUCCUUUUGCGAAACUUCGACGAGCUUCUCGUUGAAGCAAACAUCAUCUGCCUUGGCGCGGAUGAAAUGGCCAUUAAUCGGGUUGAGAAUGUUUCGGAUUGGUUCGACUAGAGAUCGCAUCUCGAGCGUACCAACCGUUGCAGAGGGCAGCAUUGGCGUAAACAAGAAGUAGUUUGUGGGUGAGAUGACAGUAAUAUGGUAGUCUUCGGGGUUGAUGUUCUUGAGGAGGGCAACACUGCCCCAGCCUCCGCCGAGGAUGACAAGCUUAGGCUUCUCGAGGCUCUGCUUCUUGGCCAUGUUGUCUUCAUCGUCAAUAAAAACUUCAGCAAUCGGCAGAUUCUUUGGGCCGCCACGGUUGGGCUGAAGCGCCAGCUUGGCAACCUCGAUAUCGCCGUUCUCGCAUCCUUCCUUGUAGGUGCUGGCAUCGUAGAGGAAGAAGCCAACAACACCGAGUCCAACCACGGUGAUGGAAAUACCCAUCCAAGCUGCGGCUCGGUAGAUGAAGUUGAGCAGCUUUGAAUUGACCUGGGGCAGUGGCUUGCCGGAGAGGUGUCGGGCCAACAGCAGCUGUUUCUGGUCGAUCUGUAUGGUCGGCCGAAUAGAUCGCGUGCGUAGGGAUGCAAUUGAUCUUGUUCCAAACUGCGCUGUGUAUAGACGAGCACCAUGCAAAGCUCUAGAUGUCGGGAUACGCCGCAUGGGCUGCGCGGCGCGGAGCGAUGAGGGCAUCGCGCGCGGGACCGUAGUAGGAGGCCUCAUGGUGAGGAGAACGGGCAAUUGAACUGCUUAAGCAGACCGGUUACCAGCACAAGCCAUAUGAAGCUUCACAGAAGCAAGGAAAUAAAUUAGGCAAAGGAACAAGACGCCAGAAAAAUCCAAUCGGUGGCGAUGAAGAAAGCAACGGCGGAAGGCUCGGGGGCGAUCGAUGCAAAGACACAAAAACCAAGGCGGGAAUUUGGACGGCG